AUGGAGUGUGAGGAGAGGAUCAAAGAAUCCACCAACCUGCUGAAUUUGAAAAGUAAAACAUUUCCUGAAAAGAAACCUCAGCAGAAGAUCACAUUCACGACUGACCACACUAUCAAUACUCAGGAAAAAAAUAACAUGGCUUGCCGUCUAUUGUCAUCAAGAGACCAUAAAAUUAAAGAAUUGAAAAAUGAAGUGGCUUUUCUGAGGAAUAAAUUGGAGACCUUUGCUACGGAAAAUACAAUCUUGAAGCGUCUUCUCAGGACAUCUGAGGAAGAAGAGCGCAGGGCUUCUAAGAAGCUGAGAGAGGUUCAGGCGGAACUCUUAAAAACAACGGACGCCUUAUUGACUUUCCAGAAACUUUCUGAAGACAAGAAACAUGGAGAGAGAGGAGAACCUUGUCCUAAAUUAACAUCACUUCCCCCAAAAUUGGAAGCCAGUGAUAAGAGAAUCCAGGUAAUAUGCAACGUACAUUGCUUAGAACAACCUAGCUGGGCUCUGUGAGACCCCUAUAAAGAAAUGCAUUAAGAAAC